AUGGCAGAAGUAGCUCAGCUCCAGCCGCGCUCCGCGAAAGCGGCCAAGAAGAAGGCGACCUAACCGAAGAGCGGCCCCAGCGUCAGAGACCUCAUCGUCAAGUCUGGUCCGCAUCCAAGGAGCGCAGCGCGUGUCUCUGGCCGCCGUCAGAAGGCUCUGUCUGCCGGAGGUGUUACGAUGUGGACAAGAAACAAGGCCCGCGUUAAAGUCGCCAUCACUCUGGUCGCUAAGGGGACUCUGGUCCAGACCAAGGGCACCGGGGCAUCUGGCUCCUUCAAGAUGAACAAGAAGGCUGCUGAGCCCAAAGCCAAGAAGCCCGCAGCCAAGAAAGCCGCUCCUAAAGCCAAGAAGCCCGCAGCCAAGAAACCCGCAACACCCAGAAGCCCAAAGGCAGCAGCAGCAAAAACGGCAGCCAAGAAAUCCCCCAAGAAAGUCAAGAAGCCCAAGGCUGGCCGCAGCCAAGAAACAGCCAAGAGCCCCAAGAAGCCCACCAGAGCCCACCAGAAAGUGGCACCCAAGAAGGCCCCUCAGCCAAGAAAGCUCCCGUUAAGAAGGGCCAAGGCCCAAGCCAAGAAGGAGACCCAAAAGAAGAAAGGGCUCAGGAAGAUCACCAACUUCAAGCCUAAAGCCCCCCACUCCAUCAACGAUCAAUGCCUGGCCAACGACCUGAAGUUUUACUGCUGA